CUCCUGGCAACGUCAACCUCCCAGGGGUUGUUUCGACCUACUCGAUAAGGAGACAACUAUUGCAGUAUUUAUCUUAGUCUGUGAAAGGAUCCUGCUCAAACAUAUCGUCUCGAGACGGUCUCAUACCAAGGACCUGGAUGGACUGGCGCAAUCGCUACACAUUAGAUAAUGUACUGGAUUGGAGCUAUGGAGGGGUUGAUCCAACUAUUCCGGGCAAUGGAGGCCCAAGUUGUGCAAAUUUUAUAUCUAUGCACCGGAGGUUGAUUGAGACCCUUUUAGGAAUUGCAAUAUCCUUCAUAUAUUUUUUCUGGGGAUACUCAUAUUUAACUUAUCCAUCCUCUUAUAAAUUUGUAAGGAAGGAUCGUGGGGGCAAGAGAGCUUUAUUGGUGCUAGUUUCCAUGGUUUUUGGCAUGGAAACAGGAUUCAAGUUUGCAACAAAACAGCUCAUAUACUUACUAAAUCCUUGUCAUGUCACCACAGCCAUUCAGAUUUAUCUCCUAGCUGCACCACCUAGCCAAUUUGUGACAACCGUCUUCAGAGUACACCUUAAUUUUUUGAAUGGAGCAGUUCUUGCUUUGUUGUUCCCUGUCACAAAUUCAAGGCUGCUUCCUUUUGAGGUGGAGAUUUAUUGGGUGCAGCAUAUUAUGAUGCUUGUAACACCAUAUUACCUACUCCGACUUGGCGGUGUGUAUACAGUAGAAAACAUCAAAGACAUGAGAUGGACCAUAAUGUCGCUAGGCAUUCUUCUGUUAUAUCACUUUGUCCCAUUACAAAUAUUUGGCAUGGCAUCUCAGGUGAACUUGAAUAACAUGUUAUGCCCUGCUAUCAGUGAUCCUUUCUAUGGUCCAAACUACCGUGUUGCAGCCGUGUUACACCAGUCACUGUGUGUCCCUUUGGUUAGCAAGACAUUUUGUCUGGUGGCAGAUUUCUUCAUUACAAAGUUUCCACCUACAAAGGUAAAAGAUAAUUUGGAAGCUGAUGUAACAAUGAGUGCAUAUGACCAGAGCAUAGUUAGCCAUGAAAUGGCUGACAAACAGAGAGCUAGUCAAGAUAAAAAGAAUGGCCUAAAACAUAAUGGAAGUAUUCAUAGAAGAACUCGCAGUGAAGCUGUGAGUGUUCCCCAGUGGAAUGGUCACAGCCAUCAAGAAUAAGUUUCUGUCAUGAAUCUCUUUACUAGGUCACAUUAACUUAAUACUUAAUCUUAUGUGUCGUGACAUUACAUUUAAUUAUGUACUGUUUAUUCUGUAGUUCUACAAGUUUAUGUAUAUUAUUCAUUUUUCAUGUAGGAUUUUUUAUGGAAUUUCAUUAUGCAUUUAAUUUGAAUUCAUAGGAAAUCAGAAGGGCAGAAGUAUUCCACUUAUACCAUGAAUAUUUUAACCAAUUUUGUGCAAGUUAAUGAUAAAAGAAUUUUCUGUUGCAAGGCUCAUGAGUCUUUAUAGUUUUGUACACCUUACUACCCAAGCUAUGCAACCCUAACCCCUGUUGGCCCUUUGCACACUUUGCCACACAAGCAUUUACAUUGCUGGUGUAUCAGUUAAGAGUAUUGAGGCAAGGUGUGUGCAUGUACCUUUGUAGGCAUGUUUGUAAUUGAAUAUUUGCAUGUAUGUACAGGCCAGCUAGUUUGACUUUUCCUUCACAGUCAGUUCUUUUAUAAUCAGUUUUCACGAAGAUUGGCAAAUUUGUGUAUUUUUCAUUUUUAUACUUGGUAUAUGUAUAAUCAACAAGUCAACUUUUAUUGAUUAUUCCUAUAAUAUAUAUAAAGCUAAUGGUAUGAGAUAAAAUAGACACUACAGUCUGUAGGGUAUACUUUUGACUUGGUAAUGAGAUACAUUUCAUUUAUUGAAAAGUAAUUUGCCCAAGUUUGUGUCUGUGGAGUUACCCCUUUAUAUUUUUGUGGAAAGUUUUGUUUUGCAUUUUAAUUUAUUGAAAUGGAGUCAUGGAUGGAAGAUAUUUGAGAAUGAUGUAUUCAGGUAUUCUGAAUUCCUAGUCAGUUUUGGAAAUAGAUUAGCUGCUAUGCAGGGUAGCAUCUAUUUUUUAAUGAAUAUGCCUGCUGGCAUGGGAGAUCUUGGUAAUAACAGUAUUUUGUAAUGAGGUACACUGAAAAGAAAUACAAUAAUGCUGCCAGAAUGUAGUUGACACCUAAGUCUUGUUAGCUGCAUUGUACAUUUCUUUGAAUGCACUGUUUUUAUAAAGACAUUUGGUUGUGUUUGUUUUUUCAUAGUUAUCCUACGUAUUCCCUAUGUCUUAUGGUUUGUUUUGUGUAACAUUCCUUUGUAUAAUGAUGGUUAUACUGCAGUACUAAUAAUGGCCCACAUUUACCUAACUGGUGUACCAAAAUACAGAAAAAAAUAAUUUUGUGAUUA